AUGAAUAAUUAUUCCGCUAAAAAAUUUACAAAAUAUGAAAAAGGCAUAAAAAGCACAUUUAAACUUUCGUUUAGAUUAUGUUCGUACGCACAUCGUAAAGGUAGACAAUUUUGGGCAAAAUCUAAAGAUAGGCCAAAUCUUUCUAAUGAUUCAUUAAAUUCUUCUCCAUUCGAAAAUGAAAAA